CCUCACAUGCAGCGGCGAUAGCCUACUUAGACAACCCGCAUCCAUCACACAUUCAUUCCUUCACUUUUUUUUUUCUUCCGAACACGCAAAUGGGAAAUUCUCGCAUUAUAAGGAAUGAUUUUUUUCAGGAACAGUAAUCAACUGCUUAUUUGCUCAGAUGAACGAUCUAGUAUAUGCGACUGAAUUGGGCUCGUGUGGACCACACAGCGAGUGCUUUGUGGAACUGUGAUGUUUCCCUUAUCUUAAGCUCCUUUAUCGUCAGUUUUGAGCUGCGAUUUUAAGAUGCCGAGGUUGCAGUAUCUAAAUAGCAGUAGUAUGCCAAACCACAAUUAUGAAUGGAGCUACGAAUACUACGACGACGAAGAGCCUGUGUCUUUCGAGGGACUCAAAGCACAUCGAUAUUCCAUUGUAAUCGGCUUCUGGGUGGGACUUGCAGUUUUUGUAAUUUUCAUGUUUUUUGUUCUGACUCUCCUGACCAAAACAGGAGCCCCACAUCCAGAGGCUGCCGAGCCUUAUGAGAAAUGGAUGCGGCUCACCAGCUGUGCGGAGGGUCUCAGGGGUCAGCGUGUGGCAGAUACCCGGACGGGUCUCUCUCGCCCUUUACUGGAGGAGUCCCGGUCUUUUUUUCACUGUUACAUCAAUGAGGAGGAACGAGAAGGGGGCAGGGCUAUAAAUGAUGCUAAUGGUGCCAUCCAUAGCAGUGGUGUCUCCAGAGGGCAGGUGGAGACUGUCGGUCUAGUCCUCCAGAAUAUGGUCUUGGAGACUAGGGCGGAACGAGAGGUUGCACUCCUUGCCCAUUUCAACAUUCCCAACUUUGUGAACUCUGACCUGAGCUCAGCUCUGGGGGAAGACAACUUACUGCUGGGUGAUCCACCAAUCAUAAUGGAGGAGGCCCGUCCUCAUUGUACGCGUCACAUCAUUGACUAAAUCACACGUUUUUUACUUCUGGUGGAGGUUGAGGAUGUUUGAAGAUGCUUUUAUUCACUCAUAAUGGCUGCAUCAUUAUCUUCAACUCAUUCUAUGAACUCCAGAAGUCGAAAUUGAUAAUGUUUAGCUUUAAGACAUCCACACCUCACCUCCACACUAAGGUGUGUUGGAGGACUGGGCUCGGAGUGCUUUAAGGCUGAGCAAUUAUCUCACAUUUGGGGUCUAAUGAUCUUGUGAUUCUUUGAGUGAAAUAAUGGGUUAGGUCAGGCAGUCAGACUGCAAGGUCUAAAGAUCCAAAUGGGAUUGUGGCAAAAAUUAUAGACAGCAGAGACACCAAAUCUAGACAAAGAGAACAAAGACAGGACUUUAAAAAGAGUGGUUAGAAAGACACCCAAGAAAGAGAGAUGAAGUAAGAAAAAAUGGAAUCAUACAAGGACCCUGGGACUUGGUUUCCAGAGUUAUGGCUGUUGGGAAAAUGUCCAACAGAAUGCAAUGACUUAAUGGUUCAUUUAAUUUCUACUAUCAGCAUGAUAAAAAAAUGAAAAUAAAAAAAACAUCCCUUACAUGCCAUCAUCCUUAUGUUGCCUAAUUGCAGCAAUUUGGUAUUGCACUGCCUGGUUCUCUGGGCUUGUCAUGAAAGCAAAUACGUGAGUAGAAAAUAGCUUAGAGCUGUCUGCACCUGUCAGCUGAAACGGUGGCUUUCUAAAGUAUAUCUGCAGUAUACUUGCAUUCUAGCUCCUCUUAAAUUGUCUAAAUAAGA